UGGCAUUCCGGACAAAUAGUUGGAGACGGAGGGGCGAAUAAAAGAUUGUAGAGAGAGAGAGAGAAGCUCGGGGUCAAAUUUUGGUGGAAUGAAUGUGGAUCAACGAACGAAAGUGAAUCGUAACCCAACCCAACCCAAACCUCUCUCUCCUCCCUCUUUAGGGCAAUCUUGAGCUCAUAACUCUCUCUCUCUCUCUCUCUCUAUACCUCUGUGUCUGUCUGUGCAGAUAUUUUCUCCUCCGAGACACUUGGAUUUUUUCUUUCGGUCUCAGCCAUGAAAACCAAUCCCAAACCCCACUUGACAAGACAGACCGAGCUGUAGCAUACCUGUCUGGUCAGCCAGAGCUUCUUCAACAAGAAAAAGGGUCAGCUGUAGGAGCUCAGAUCAAACGAGCCGUACCAAGAAUUGACUGUGCUGAAGGCUGAGGCUUCCCUGCUGAGACAUCCUUCUCAGGCUUUGCUUUUGAAAGAGGCACACACUGCAAAAAAACCUGCAAAACUAGUGAUAGAGAGAGAAGAGAGAAGCUGCUACUGCUCUGUUGUUAUUUGACCUCUCUCUCUCUAUCUUCUCACACAAUCACACAGACAUACCUGACUUGGACUUUGAUAUGUCGAAGGCGUAAAACAGGCUCUUUUUAUCGCUACACAGCCAAAGUACUCUCUGUAUUAUCGUCAUCAAUGCGUAGGACAUCGCAACCCCACCUGCACUCUCCCCAUUACCACCACCACCACACCCCUCAAAAUCCCUCCUUUUUACUUCCAAGUUCAACCCACCACUUCUCUCUCUGAGACUCACUUCCUCAAAUUUCCAAAACCCCUUCCUCCUUCUCUCUCUAGAACAAGCAUAAAUUCGAGUAAAAAGCCAAAGGGUCUCAUCAAGUUCUCAGUCCUUGCUGUUUUAAGGCAUGAAAGUGGCAUGGAGGUGGAGGAGAUCUUGACACAAGCCUGCAAAUUCCCUAGAGUUGGAAAUGGAACCAGCAGGAACAUGGAUUCGGCCAAGAUUGUGCUGAAAACCGGUGACCACCAGUACCCAGAUGACGAGGAAGAUGGGGCACAGCACAAGCAUUCCAUGAGCAUUGCCGCUGCCGCCGCAGUGGGGAUCGGUCUUGCCGGCAGUGGCACCAAUAGGCUCCGGGGUUGGCCCAACUCCCGGAUCAUUAGGGUUUCACGGUCCUCCGGCGGAAAGGACCGCCACAGCAAGGUCCUGACCUCGAAGGGACUCAGGGACCGGAGGGUCCGCCUGUCCGUGGCCACUGCGAUUCAAUUUUACGAUAUCCAGGACCGGUUGGGCUAUGACCAGCCGAGCAAGGCGGUGGAGUGGCUUAUCAAGGCCGCAUCCGACUCCAUUGCGGAGCUUCCUUCACUCAAUGGCUCGUUCCCCGACACACCGCAGCAGUUCAGCAAUGAGAAGAGGGCCAGUGACGGGGGCACGGAGCAGGAGCACGGCUUCGAUUCGGCCGAGGUUGAGCUGGACGGUGACUCAAAUUUCCAGCAACAGCAGCAACAGAACCAGAACCUCUCAUUGUCCAAAUCCGCUUGUAGCAGCAACUCCGAGAACAGCAAGGGUUCGGGUCUCUCUCUGUCCCGGUCGGAGCUCCGGGUUAAUCGGGUGAGGGCGCGCGAGAGGGCAAGGGAGAGGACUGCGAAGGAGAAGGAGACCAAUAAUCAAAACCUGAACCCAAUUUCUCAAAACUCUUCCUUCACUGAGCUCCUCACUGGGGCUAUUAGCACUGGAAACACCACCACCACCACCACCAAUACCACCACCGUUGCCACCACCACAAGUAGUCCUUCCGGCAGCAGCGAGGCCAAUCCGUUCCACAAGACUACGGCGAGGCAGUGGAGCUCGAUGGCCAUGGAGUACUUCAACAGCGGGCUAUUAGGUGGACAAUUCUCCAGGGGACAUCCUCACCACACGUCUGGUGGAUUUCCCGGGCAGAUUCAAAUGGGGAACAGCACAAAUUCACUGCCACAAGCGAUGCAAGUUCCAGCCUUUACCAUCUCCACUGAAAGUGGUGGAGGGGGCAGCCACCACCUGGAGCUCCCGCAUAUCUCCUUCGUGCACGACCACCUCAUCCCAGUGGCGGCAGCCACGGGCACGUCGCAACCAGAAUACAAUCUGAACUUCAGCAUAUCUUCAACCUCUUCUUCUUCUGGCCUUGGCGGCUUCAAUAGGGGGACCCUUCAGUCCAAUUCGUCAUCACCGUCUCUUUUGCCUCACCACCUCCAGAGGUUCACUUCUCCUGUAGACGGUCCAAGCAUGCCAUUCCUGCUUGGCACGGCCAUGCCCGUAGCUGUUGAGACUAAUCACCACCACCAAAACCACCACAUUGCCCAGUUCCAAUCUGGGAUCGAUGGCCGGUUGCAGCUCUGUUACAGCGACCGUACCCAACACGCCGGGGCCGCUGCCGCCGCAGCCAGCAACCACAAGGGAAAAACAAAGAACGAAUGAACCCCAUCAAGAUUCCAUUCGUAUGUAAUCCAUCUCCUUUCGGUUGAUGCAGCUGGAUGCAAUCGCGAAGAGAGUGAAGAUGUAGAUAUGGUGGCGAAAAGCCACGAGCGGAUCGGAAUGCGACCUUUUUACAUCUUUCGUCAUCUAUGGAUUUAUUUAUGUUUAGUUUGCUUAUAUGUCGAUUUGGAAGUAAUUUCGGCUCGAGUCCGAGCAUUCGAUCUGUAUUAUCCCCCCGUCUCAUUGUGUGCUUUCCUUGUUUUUCCCAGAAUAUGAAUCGAGAAAUGUGAUUGUUGCUGUUAUUCAUUGUUCUUGAAACUGUUUUAUAUACAGUCAAAUCAGCCACAGCAUGAAUCAUGGAGAUCGAGCAUUGCCACAAUCCAA